CAGUUCCAUCCUCAUGACGCAAGGCUUUCCUUCUAACAUGAUUUCCACUCAGGCCCAGCAGAUGGCUCCAGAAUUUGACUCUCCCGGUCUGACGAGAGGGAGUAAACAGUAAAGGCUCUGAGCUUAUUUUCCCUUUUUCUCUCAUUCCGUGAGGAUGGAGUUGGAUAUCUAGACAAGAAAGCCAGAGCCUAAAGAGUUCCUACUGAGCCCCCAAAUCAAGACCACAUCAAGACUCCCCGACUCUGUCCGUCACAGCAGACCACAGCAUGAAGCUCUGGGUUGUUCUUUGCAUGGCACUGCUCUGGGUGGAGCUCCAAAACGGUGCCUGCCAGCAGGUCAAGCGGAGAAAAGAUGUCGGAGAGAACCGCAUUCGGCCAGGGGGGAAGCGGGUCAAGGCGCGACCGACCAAGCCAAAAGAUGGAGGAGGGAAAGGCCAGUCCCUGCUGACCCAGGUCCUGGAUAAGGGUCGCUUCCUGCGCCUGGGCCCGAGCAUCACCAUGACACCCGGGAGGAACAUGGAGCUGCGCUGCAAAGGCAAUUCCAUCGGAUGGUCGUACCCGGCCUACCUGGACACCUUUAACGACUCGCGCCUCAGCACCAAGCCCAGCGACAAGUACAGCCAACUGAUCCUGACAUCGCCCUCUGCUGCUGACACGGGGCCCUACAGCUGCUGGGUGAUUGUGUGCGACGGCACGGAGUGCGAGAGGGACCAUGAUCGCACUUACACCUCAUACAUCUAUUUCACGGACAAAGACAACCUCUUCGUCCCCUCGCCCGUCCACUUUGAGAUCGUGUACCUGCGUCCGGACCGGCCGGCUGUGGUGCCCUGCCGCGUGACCAACCCGCAGGCCAAGGUGUCCCUGCACAGAGAAGUCCCUCCGGAGGAGAUCCCGGCCAACGGGACGCAGCUGACCUACGACCCCACCAAAGGUUUUGUCCUGCAGAACCCCAGCCCGGAGCACCAGGGGGUCUUCUACUGCAGGGCCGCGACCAAAGGCACCCCUCAGAUCUCCAGCAAGUACCAGCUGCUCUAUGUGGAGGUGCCGAGUGGGCCACCAUUUGUGAGUCUUGACGCCUCUUCGAAGUCAGUGGGAGGAGGAGACAGCAUCAAUGUAACUUGCACGGUGUUGGGGGAGCCAGAGGUGGACGUGAGCUUCACCUGGUCUUAUCCCGGUCAGGGCCGUCGCCCGGUUCACAUCCAGACUUCCUGGAGGCUGGUUAACAGAGGAAUGAGCCACACCACACGGAUCACCCGGAGCGUCUUGACUCUGGAAGACAUGGAGACCAUCGACUUUGGAAACUACAUCUGCAAAGCCAGGAACCAAAACGGAGAGACCAUCGUGGCAACCAACGUUUUCUCAAAAUAACCUCGGCAAGGGGGCCUGACAUCUGCUGAGAUGUAACACAGCAGCUACUGUGAGGAGAUCAGCAUGUAUAGACAUACAACUGGGUGUUUUUUUUAGAUUGCACAUUGUGAUAACAUUAAAGAUUUGCUACAUUCUCAAACACAACCGUUCCUGUAGUUUUGCAGCUGGUCAGCUGACAUGACUGUACAGGUCUGCAUUAAAAAAGAUGAAUUAUGCAUGAGGUCAAACAGAAGUGUUUACAAUGU